AGUCAGCAGAGUUGAUCUGUUAGGGGAAAAAAGUUUGUUUGGUUUAAAAAAAAAAAAAAGAUGAUUUCAAUAAAAUCGCCGUCUCUGACGCCGGUGCCCUGCGCGCAGGCUCUGCUCGGUGUGGGCUGUUUGGCUUUCGCCCUCCUCGCGUUCAUGCUGGUUCGCCAGCUCGUCAAGCAGAGAAGACCUCCUGGUUUUCCUCCCGGUCCAUCUCCCAUCCCUGUGAUAGGCAACAUUUUUUCUUUAGCCACCGAGCCGCACGUCUUUCUCAAGAAGCAGAGUGAAGUUCAUGGACAGAUUUUCAGCCUUGACCUGGGAGGCAUCUUGACUGUGGUGUUAAAUGGAUACGACUGUGUCAGAGAGUGCCUUUACCAUCAGGGUGAGGUGUUUGCUGAUCGGCCAUCACUACCUUUGUUCAAGAAAAUGACCAAAAUGGGCGGGCUUCUUAAUUGCAAAUAUGGCAAAGGCUGGAACGAACACCGCAAACUGGCAUGCAGCUCUUUUCGUUACUUCGGCAGCGGCCAGAAACUCUUUGAGAAGAAGAUCUCGGAGGAGUGCAUGUUUUUUGUUGAUGCCAUCGAUGAACACAAGGGAAAGCCCUUCAACCCCAAACAUCUUGUGACCAACGCAGUGUCCAACAUCACCAAUCUGAUCAUUUUUGGCCAGCGUUUUACCUACGAUGAUCGCAACUUCCAGCACAUGAUUGAGAUAUUCAGUGAGAAUGUGGAACUAGCAGUGAGUGGCUGGGCCCUCCUCUAUAAUGCCUUCCCUUACAUUGAGUAUGUGCCCUUUGGGAAACACCAGAAGCUCUUCCGCAAUGCUGCUGAGGUUUACAACUUUCUACAGGAGGUUAUAAACGGUUUCUCACAGGGCAGAGUGCCCCAUGCACCACGCCAUUAUGUUGAUGCCUACUUGGAUGAGUUGGAGCAGAAUGCAGGCAUUCAGGGGUCUUCCUUUUCUUAUGAGAAUCUCAUCUAUUCAGUGGGUGAGCUCAUUAUUGCUGGUACAGAGACUACAACUAACACUCUGCGCUGGGCCAUGCUCUACAUGGCUCUGUAUCCCAACAUACAAGAGAGGGUGCACAAGGAGAUCGACAGCGUGCUGUCCAAUGGGAGGGCGCCCACUUUGGAGGACAAACAGAGGAUGCCAUACAUAGAGGCUGUGCUGCAUGAGAUUCUACGCUUCUGCAAUAUUGUACCACUUGGGAUUUUCCGUGCCACGUCCCAAGAUGCAAAAGUCAAUGGGUAUACAAUCCCCAAAGGGACCAUGGUGAUCACAAACCUCUACUCGGUGCACUUCGAUGAGAAGUACUGGAACGAUCCUGGUGUUUUCUCACCGGAGAGGUUUCUGGACAGCAGCGGCAAUUUUGUGAGGCGCGAGGCUUUCCUUCCAUUCUCCUUGGGGAGGCGUGGGUGCCUGGGUGAACAGCUGGCUAGAAUGGAGAUGUUCCUCUUUUUCACAACUUUGUUGCAGAGGUUUCAUCUUCAGUUCCCUCCAGGAACUGUCCCAACUGUCACUCCCAAGCUGGGCAUGACCUUACAGCCCAAAACUUACUACAUCUGUGCGAUCCGCAGGCAGCAGAAAGUUCCCUGCUCUGGAUACACUCCUUUUUACAAGUAGUCAGGUGAACAUUUUCAAUGGCUUGUUUAGUCAUUAUGUGUUACACUACUUUGCACAACAAUGCAAUUGCGUGAUAACUUAAUCACUCUGAAGUUUCAAUGCAUUGCAUUUUUCCAAAGCAUCAUUUAUGGCAAAUACGGCUGUACAUCUGAUUAUUUAAUCCACUUUAUCUAAUUACUAUUGCUUCUCUUUUUUUAAAAUGAGCAAUAUGCAUGUUUGCACAAUGCUCUUUUUGGAAACAACUGGUGAGGCAGCAAGUGAUGAAAGAACAUCCUGGGAACAUGAGUGUCAUAUUGAUUCAGUUCUCUGAGCUCAGAGACUGAAAUAUCUGUGAACCCUGGGACAGUAGCAAUGAGUAGCUUAUAUGCCAGUCAAUGACUUACAGUAUGUGCACCUGUGGCGGUUCAGGAUAGCACUGGGUCAGACAGAAGACACCAGCAAUUUAUGUGGGUCACACAAAAUGGGAUGAACAGACUUUCCAAGAACGUUCGUAACACUGUGUGCUGAAGAUAGACGUGGGCCAAGAUUCACAUCAUGUUGACUGACACUGACCCCUUCUCCAGGCAUAACGGUCUGUGGAAAAUCUUUCUCUUAGAAAGCAAAUGCAACCCUGUUUUUUUCUAGAAACUGACGUUGCAACGCUGGUUUCUGUUAAAUGGUGCUUCUCAGUAUGUACUGAAUUUAAGUGGAAUGUUAACAUUUGUUUGUACUUUAUUUGUUUUGUAAUGCUGGUGUUUUUGAAGGAGCUU